CCAUGCCGGAUGUACGUUUUACACAGCGCUCGGUUCGUAAAGCACUCUUUUCCCUGGACGUCAGCAAGUCAAGUGGGCCUAAUGGAGUCCCUCCCAUUGUACUGAAGACGUGUGCGCCGGAGUUGGCACCGGUUUUAACGCGUCUUUUCCGCUACUCCUACUCCCAAGGCGUAGUCCCGAAUUCAGACAGCUUUGGUCCACCCGAUCCCUAAAAAAGGCGACCACUCAGACCCAAAGUUCUCCAAAGUAAUGAAAUCCAAUCCAACGUUGGUGUUCCACAAGGCUUCGUGCUAUCACCAACGCUGUUUCUACUGCAUAUCAAUGAUAUGUUGCAAACUAGUAACAUUCAUCGCUAUGCGGACGGCAGCACUGCUGAUGCCUUAUAUACCGGCCGUGCCAAUAUUUCUCGGGAAAACGUCGCCGAGUACCGGGACAAACUUGUGUCUGAAGUCGAGUCUUUGCUGAACAAAGUCUCGGAUUGGGGGCGACUAAAUCUAGUCCAGUUAAAUCCUCAGAAAACACAAGUUUGCGCGUUUACCGCUAAAAAGUACCCCUUUGUCGUAUCUCCUCAGUUUCAAGGCACUCCCGUUGCUGCCUCAGCUAGUAUCGGGAUCCUCGGCAUCGACAUAUCGAAUAGUGUACAGUUUCGUGGUCUCUUGGAAGGGAAGGCCAAACUGGCCCCUAAAAAGCUUGGCGUGCUCAGCAGAGCGAGACAGUAUUUCAUGCCAGCACAUCGCUUGCAACUUUACAAAGCGCAAAUCCGGCCUCACUUGGAAUACUGUUCUCAUCUCUGGGCUGGGGCACCCCAGUGCCAGCUCCUUCUACUUGACCGCAUCCAGCGCAGAGCGGUUUGAAUCGUCGACGACCGAGUUCUUUCUAAUCGGCUCGAUACACUGGCACUGCGUAGGGAUGUUGCAUCUCUUUGCGUAUUUUAUCGCAUUUACCACGGGGAGUGCGUUGAGGAAUAUUUCGGACUAAUUCCAGCCGCUCAAUUUCACCAUCGCACAUCGUGACAAAACUUGCGAUACCAUCCAUACCACCUGGAUGUUUGGCGGUCCACCACUGUGCGAUUUAGAAGAUGUUUUCUUCCUCGCACAACUUCCUUGUGAAAUCGACUACCACCAGCGAUUUUUCCGGACCGAUACGACUUAGGGACCUUCAAGAAAAGAGCCUACUCCACUUUAAAAGGCUGGCAACACACCUAAAAUUCCCCUGGUGUUGCGGUUGUUCGUGGGUGGCGGUAGUCACUUACCAUCAGGUGAGCCGCAUGCUCGUUUGCCCCCUCUCCUAUAAAAAAUAAAAAUUAAGUCGGCCAGCUGCUGGCCCCUUGGGUUCCGUUGCCCUAUUCCAAAUUUCCCUACUUUCAGCUCACCGUUCUCUCUUGUGCCUAGUUUUGCAUUGUAGUCUCCCAUUCACACCGUAUAGUGGGUUUUUGAGGAAUGCAUGGCUUUAAGAGAUAUCCUCAUACAUUUCUUCCACCUCCUCAUCGGGAUGUGCCGAGGUUGGUGCGUAAACCUGUAUGACUUUCAGCGAAUACCGUUUGUUGAUUCUGAGUAUAAGUGUAACGCUCGGCGACACACUCUCAAUCUUUACAACGUUGUUAACGAGAGACUUAUGGACGAUUAAUCCGACACCUCCUUGGGACAGAUGGUCGCCCUCUUGGUGAUAGAGCAAGUUGCCGGAUUCGAGGAUUACCGUGUCCUCCCCCUCUCUUCGGACAUCGGAUAAUCCUAUAAUAUGCCAGCGUAACUUGUCUAUCUGUUCUUUCAGCUACACGAUCUUCUCGUCAGUCCUCAGGGUGCGUGCGUUGUAUGUUGCCAGGUCGAGUCGUUUUAGGUGGCAACCGAACCUCCACCGGAGAUUCUUAGCACCCCUUGCCCCGCCGUUACCAUGGUCGCCACCGUAGCCAGUAAUAGCGGGGCCUCCGGGGACUUUUUUUAAUUGUAAUUUUGCUGUUAUCAGGAAGAUGCUGCUGCCCAUCUCCUGCCUGUUUCCCAUUGUCGCCUCUUACGACACCCACGGGAAGAUAUGGGGUAGUGGAUAUUCUUAACCACCACUACACGGCACAUGAAGUAAAAAUUUCAUUAUUCCUAUAAUAUCCUGAUUAAAACUAUUUUUGUAUUGUUUUUUCAGGCUGCUUUAGGACCGGCAGCAUUAGAUCUAGUAAAUAACGGACAAUCAGCUGGAUUGCCGGUUGAAGAUGAAGAAAACUUCGCUAAAAUACUUCUGGCCGUGAGUGUACUUAGUGUGGUACUGUCCGCACCGUUAGGCGCGAUACUAAUUGCUAUAACUGGACCAAGGCUUUUAAGCCGAGAACCGGCAACUAAAAACCUGACUAAUUUUGAAACUACAGGAAACACGACAUCAACCCCAGUAUGAUUCGAUUAUUCGGUAAAAACUAUUUUAGAAAAAUUGUACUAUUAUAUUCGUAUCUAUCUCUUAGUAAAUGUCACUACCACAUAUUAAUAAGAAAAGUCUAAUGAAUGCAGAACUAUAUCUACGAUUAUGCGAUGGUUAAUUACAAUUUAAUUUUAUAUAGUGUUUUAUACUUAAUUAAAAAUUAGUACUUAAGUUUAAUUUGCAUUUUUAAAUAAUGUUACGUUAUACCUAUUCAAAUAUACAUAUGUUUAAUAUAU